AUGGCCGCGUAUGGCGUGCGGAAUGGAUAUGCGCGUCGCCAUGGCGCGCACGACUCUGCCUUGGACGUGCCGUCCAAGGACGAAGUGGCUCGUUUGAGGAUGCGUGAGCUCGAGGAAGAAAACAGCCUGUUGCUGGAGAAGGCAACUUCUUCGACUGAGCGUUUCAUUGAUUAUGAGAAUCACAUACGCGUCCUUCAGGAGCAAGUCAAGUCGCAAGAGCAGCGCCUCAAUGCAAAUCGCACCCCCGAACCGCUACCAGAGCAGGCAUCCUUAUCGCGGUUAGGCACUUUUAUGCGCAAAGGAUCACUUGCCCCUCCGAGUGGAAAUAUGGCCUCUCCAUCAGCUCGCGAGCAGGAGCUGGAAUUAGCUCUGAUCAAGGAACAGAAGGCGCGCGCUGAGGCGGAAGCGAGGGCACAGCAGGUAAAUGUAGAAGUUGAGGAGCUUAGCGCAACUCUCUUUCAAGAGGCGAACGACAUGGUUGCGAAUGAGCGGAGAGAAAACGCAGCACUGAGGGCCCAGAUUAAAGAAUUGCAGGGCGCUGGCGGACCGGUGGCCGAAGUGCUCAGCAAUGAAAACGAGAGGCUGAAGCAGAAGUUGCAGAUCUUGGAGCAGCGAGAUGCUGAAAGAAACAAGCGCCUCGAGAGAUUGGAGGCUGCUCAGAGACGAAUCGACCGGGUCCGCACGAUGCUACUACCACGCUGA